AUGGCUGAGCUGCCCGAUCCCACCAUCGACCUCGACUGGAGCGGCUAUGCUUUGUGUGACCGAGACCGAGAGUUCAACGUGAGCAUAGUCGAGAACGGCAAGGUCGAUUUCCCGAACCUACCCUUCCCUGAUGCUGCCGCGAGAACAGAGGACGCCUCGGAAGAGGACCUGAAGAGCUGGGAGGCCCUCUCUGAGACGGAGAAGACCCUUGCCACACAGUGGUCAACACUAAUCCCUGGCCUCAACGCCAAGACUAUCAGGCUUGAAUCAAACUUCUUCGACUGUGGCGGACACAGUCUCCUGGCUCAGCAGCUCCUCCUCAACAUUCGCAAGAGUUUGGGUGCUGACAUCACCAUCGGCGUCCUCUACGCGAACCCCAGUCUCAGAGGUCUGGGAUCCCAGGUGGACCGUCUACGCAGUGGCCAGGCUGCUACAGUUGACAAGGCUGUCGACAGCGCCUACGCCGAGUCGUUUGACGAGCUGAUCAACACGCUCGAUGAUAAGUACCAGAGCGCGGACCCGGAUGCUCUGAGCCCAUCGAGUGGCGUCACAUUCUCCCUCACUGGUGCUACAGGUUUCUUGGGCGCCUACCUUGUCAAGGAGAUCCUGGGAAGAGAGAAUACCAAGCUCAUCGCGCACAUUCGUGGAGCCAAGGGACUUGACUUUGCCAAGGAUCGUCUGACGAGGUCACUCAAGGGCUAUGGUUUGUGGCAGGACUCGUGGGCCGAGAGGAUCGAAUGCGUCCUUGGUGACCUUUCCAAGCCUCGUCUUGGGCUUGACGAUGCCAGCUGGAAGCAUGUCACCGAGACAGCGGAUGCCGUGGUCCAUAACGCGGCAUAUGUUCAUUGGAUUGCUCGAUACGAGCAGAUGAUGCGCCCCAACGUCCUGUCUACUAUUGACGCGAUGAAGCUUUGUAACGAGGGAAAGCCCAAGCUAUUCUCUUUCGUGUCGUCGACUUCGACCUUGGACACUGACCACUACGUCAAGGUGUCUCACGAGCAAACCGCGACUGGACGCGGAGCGGUGCUUGAAGCCGACGACAUGCAGGGCAGCCGCGUUGGCCUUGGUACUGGUUAUGGCCAAACCAAAUGGGUGUCUGAGCAACUCGUCCGGGAAGCUGGCAAGCGUGGGCUCCGGGGUGCUGUUAUCCGUCCCGGAUACAUUCUCGGCAGCCGUGAAAACGGUGUCUCAAACACCGAUGAUUUCCUGAUCAGACUCUGCAAGGGUUGUGUCCAAUUGGGCGCAAGACCAUUGAUCAUCAACUCGGUGAACGCCGUUCCCGUGGACCACGUUGCCAGGGUUGUCAUUGCCUCGGCCCUUAACCCCCUACCCGGCGUCAACGUGGUUCACGUCACAGCGCACCCAAGACUUCGUAUGAACGAGUUCCUCUCGGCAUUGGAGUACUAUGGCUACAAGGUUCCCGAGGUGGACUAUGAGGAGUGGAAGACGCAGCUGGAGGAGUUUGUGUCUGCCGGUUCCACCGAGAAGGAUCAGGAGCAGAGCGCCCUCAUGCCCUUGUUCCAUAUGGCAACCUCGAACCUGCCGUCGACUACUCGCGCCCCUGAACUGGACGACAGAAACGCCGUGGCCGUGCUCAAGGCCGACGCCGAUCGCUGGACUGGCGUCGACGACAGCGCGGGCGAGGGUAUCACCCGCGAGGACAUUGGAAGGUAUCUGCGCUUCCUGGCCGAGAUCAAGUUUAUGCCUCUGCCGACCGGAAGGGGACGCGAGCUGCCUCCCAUCGCGGCCGACAUUGCGCAGGCUCAGGCACAAUGGGGAGUUGGAGGUCGCGGUGGCGCGGCUUAG